AUUGAAUCAAAAUUGUUCAGAAUCAUAGAAUUAAUCAGAAUUAUUGAUGGCUUAACCUUUGGUGUAUUAUCUAUGGGCUUGAUAUUGAUCGUCCCUAAACUACUUCAUCAUUGUAACUCGUCUUAUAACCAUUAAUCAUAAUAAAUUUCCAUAUACUCAUACCGUGAUAAGCUUACCGUCAAAUCCCAACUAAAACUUCUUUCAAAAAUUUGAAAAUUUUCAAAGAAAAAUGAGUAAAAAUUUAACACUUGACGAGGUCAAGAAACAUAAAGACGAAAAGAGCGUGUGGAUAAUCAUUCAUAAUGAUGUUUACGACGUGACUAAGUUUUUGGAGGAGCAUCCAGGUGGAGCUGAUUCAUUGUUAGAAGUGGCAGGGAAGGAUGGAACCCAGGCUUUUGAAGACGUGGGACAUAGCGAUGAUGCUCGAGAGUUGUUGAAGAAAUACAAAAUUGGAACGUUGCCUCCAGGUGAAAGAUGCAAAAUCAUCACAGAUUGCUGCAAACCGAGAGCUGCUAGAUCUUCAAGUUCAAGAAACUCAAGUGAAAAAUCAUGGCGGACCUACGACGGAUCCCCGGCGAGCAGUCGAAGGAUGCCUUGUAAAUCUGAAUACAAACCUCCGGCGAGUCCAAGAGUCGACAGAAGGAUUUCGACUAUUGUAGUGCCCAGAGAAAGGUGUGGAAGAUCUCCGCCUUGUCCACCACCAAGAAGUUCGAAAUUGAAAUGGGCAGUGGUGGCGCUGGCUGGAGCCUUGCUCAUAGGGAUCGUCCUCAAGAAAUAUCUCAACUAACUAAAGUGUAAGCGGAACACAUUUUACGCGAAUCCGAUCGAUUUAAAAUCGGAUUAUCAAGAUGUUAAUUAAUACGGAACGAUAUUAGAACGUUUUGAAAUAUUGCUAUGUGAUUUUCGAAAUGUUUUAUUCAAUAUGUAAGGGCGCUCGUGGGUCAGGCUUGGGUGGCUGGGGGUGGUGAGGUCGCGGCACCCGGGCUGGACGCGUACCACUGUGUUAUCAGUUUUACUGAAAAUCAUAUGUACGUAACAUCGAGUGUGUUCACGAGCGCUCACGGUUGGCAGCCUGUUGACAUUGUUGAUUGCGCGGGUGACGCUCGGGAUUUGACAGUUCAACAGUGUGCCAACUUAAAGAAAAAAAAACAUACCUACUCCUUAUAGGUAACUUGCUUUGUAGCCCUCGUGUUAUUUGAAAAUUUAUUUCUAACGCAUACACUAUUGAGGUGUUUUAUUUUUAAUGAAUUUUAUUGCAAAUAAAUUUGUUCAUUGCUGCUGAUAUUUAUGUCAGUUUAAAGUUUUUGAAUAUGAUUAAAUACGUUUGAAUCACCCAAAUCAUUACCAACUGUAUCGAAAUGCUAACUUUUACAUUCGGUUGGGUUAUAAUUGCCUUGCUGGGAGACUUGUAGAUGAUAAUAGAAAAAUCAGCCAACACAAUAUUGUAUUAUGAAAUGUAAAUAAAUGAACAUAAGCAGUUAAAAUUUUCAUUACUUCAGUAAUCAAGACAAAUUUUGCCUUAAAAUAAAAUUCAGAUAACAAUUUAAUUGCCUUGAAAUUAUGUCUUUGGAACAAGCUAGAACGGUCACCUAAUAAAGAGAAUGUUUCUUAGCGUAUCAGAAUUUUUAUGUCUACAUUUUCAAGUAUCAAAAUCAAUCGGAUAACAAUGUUUAAUUAGAUCAAAAUUUUUAAUGAAACAAUUUUAUAAAUCGAAUUUAUAAAAUUGUUAUGUACGUGUAUACAAUACAAGCCCGUCACGAAAAUAUUUAGCAUUAGUGAAACCGGUUCUUUCAAAAUACCCGGUGAUUUAAUUUUAAAUCGUAAUGUUGGUGCUACGUUUUUCUUGUAUAUUUUGCACAAUUAUGUUUAUGUUGGUAGUUGUUUACGCAAUCCCGAUUGUUGUGACGUAUGUAUGUAAUUUAGAUGUUCUAUUUUGAAUGUGGCAAUAAAUUAUAAUUUAUUGUGA